AUGGCGCGGGUGCUGGUGGUGGGCGCGGGGCUGACGGGCGCGGCGGGCGCGGCGCUGCUGCGCGGGGCCCCGCGGGGACAGCUGGCCGUGUGGGACAAGGCGCGGGGCGCAGGGGGCCGCAUGAGCACGACCCGCUCCGAUCACGGCAGCGCCGACCUGGGCGCGCAGUUCGUCACCUGCGAGCCGGAGCUGGCGGGGCCGCGGCUCAGCUUCUACGAGGAGCUUGUCACCCACGGCAUCCUGAAGCCACUGACGGCUCCCGUGGAGGGACUGGUGGAGAGAGAAGGCUCCCGCAAUUUCGUGGCACCCCAGGGCAUCUCCUCGGUUGUCAAGUACUACUUGGAGCAGUCAGGUGCAGACGUGUCCUAUGAGCAGCACGUAACUCACAUUUCCCUGCGGGAUGGCAGGUGGGAAGUCUCCAGGAAAGCUGGGCCCCCGGAGCAGUUUGAUGUGGUAAUUCUCACCAUGCCUGUCCCACAGAUUCUCCAGCUGCAGGGUGACAUUGUCAACAUAAUUAAUGAAAGUCAAAAGCAGCAACUGGAAUCUGUGAGCUACUCAUCCCGUUAUGCCCUGGGACUGUUUUAUGAGGCUGGCACGGGGAUUGGAGUCCCCUGGGCCGCUCGCUACAUCGCCGAUAAUCCCUGCGUGCGCUUCAUCUCCAUCGAUAACAAGAAGCGCAAUAUAGAGUCUGCUGAAAUUGGGCCCUCAGUGGUGGUGCACACCACUGUGUCCUUUGGCAGCGAGCACCUGGACUCAGACCCCGCCGAGGUGCAGCAGAUCAUCCUCAGCCACCUGCAGAGGGUUGUGCCCUCCCUGCCUGAACCCAGCAGCAUCAAGUGCCACAGAUGGAGAUACUCCCAGGUCACCAGAGCUGUGCCCAAUUGUCCAGGACAGAUGAUUCUUCACACUCAGCCUCUCCUGAUCUGUGGGGGUGAUGGAUUCACUCGUUCCAACUUUGAUGGCUGCAUAGAGUCUGCCAUGAGCCUUGCAGAGGCUGUGAAGCCUCAUUUACAGCAAUUUCAAACUCAGGCUGCUAAAAUUCCUCUAGAUUAAUUAUGAAUUUUUGCCGUGAUGGAUCGAAUUUGAGUUUAACAUCAACAUCAUCUUGCAAGAAACAAAUAAAGGAAAAUGUAUCGGCGCCCUGGAAUAAUUAUUGGGAUGGAAUUAAAUUGAAUUUUCCAGGAUCUGUGCUCAGAGUGGUUGCUUUGAUUAAAAUAAGACUUUCCCUGGCUGUAGGCAGAGGCACAGAGCUCCAGCACUCUUGCCAGGUCUCCUGAUACUUUUACAGCCCAUGAAAAUUAUGUCAAGGAGAGGAGCCUGACUUGAAGCAGCACAAAAAUCCAUGAAGCUGCAGAGUUUAUUCACUGGAAACUCCUUAUUUUCUCCUUGUUCUAGUGACAGGACAAGGAGAAUGCCUUCCUACUUCAGAGGGCAGGGCUGAAUGGGAUAUUGGGAAUUAGGGUGGUCAGGGUGGGCAGGCCCUGGAUCCCUGGAAGUGUCCAAGGCCAGGCUGGAAUUUGGGGCUUGGAGCAGCCUGGGACAGUGGAAGGUGUCCCUGCUCAUGGCAGGGGUGGCACUGGAUGGGCUCAGAAAUUACUCAGAAGUUAACCAAGAAAAAAUUUAUUUAUUCUAAAUUGCAUUUUAACUUGCUCUUCCUCUUCAGUCACAUGUCACAAGUCUAGUACCUCUCUACCACAGCACUGAAAAUAACAAAAUACAGCAGACAGGAUUUAAACCAUUAGGGGAGUACAAUUCAGCCUCUGUUUUUCUUAUUUUAUCUCUUCAUUUCACCCAAAUCUGACAUCCUGUGUCACACCAGCUGACCACUGUGAUUUACUGCUGCCUUUGGCCAUUUCUUGCGGGGUAUUUUAAGUGACACUAAGAAUUUAAGACUUGUUAAUUUUAAAAGUAGGCAGAAAACUGGAUGUGAGGCGUGCUUGGCUCAAUGGUUGCUCUCUGAAGGGCUGUGAUGCUCUUUCAGGGGCUUUGUAUCAGCAGCAGCAGUGACAGACCAGUGCAGAUGUCUCUGACUUUUCCUUUCACCAAUCUCUCAGCUUUGGUCACCCUGAUGCCUCAAAGUACCCAAAUCACAGAUUCAGAGAUGGUUUUUGAGUCAUGAGAUUUUCAAUUUGGAGCUUUUUCAAGUCCUGGUGAGUCUCAAAUUGCUCCUUCCUCAUAUCUCAGAAUCAGUGGGGUGGAAAAAUCCCUGCCAGCCCAUGAUGCCCACCUUGUCCCCAGCCCAGAGCACUGAGUGCCACCUCCAGCCCUUCCUGGGACACCUGCAGGGCUGGGCACUGCAAAGCUCCCUGGGCAGCCCCUGCCAAGGCCUGAGCACCCUUUCCAUGCAGAAAUUUUCCUGACAAUAU